AUGCCUGGCAGCGACAACGGCCUCUCUGGAGGUAUCUAUACUAGCCGGCGGUGUCUAGAUGAAGUCCUCUUUGCGACCUUCAUCGGAUUGGCUUGGUACAAUGCACUAGAGCUCAUUGUGCUUUGUUUUACAACGUUCAAACGGUGGAGGGGCGCUUACUUCUGGAGUCUUCUUGUCGCAUCAACCGGUAUUAUCCCAUACGGCCUCGGUUUAUUCCUGAAGUUCUUCAACAUUGUCCGUCAUAAUUAUCUCGGAUCACAUACCCUGGUGACCAUUGGUUGGUGUUGCAUGGUGACAGGUCAGUCAAUGGUCCUGUGGUCACGACUCCACCUGAUUUUAUUGAACCAACGAGUCCUACGCGGCAUCCUCUACUUGAUCAUCUUUGAUGCAAUAAUAUUGCAUAUACCGACUGCAGUGGUUGCAUACGGCACUAAUGCACCAAGCCAUCCUAUCGCUUUUGUCAAGGCAUACAAUGUUCUUGAAAGAGUACAACUGGUUGGGUUCUGUAUCCAAGAGACAUUCCUAUCCGCAGUAUAUAUCUGGGGUACAUUGAAGUUCUUAAGGCAUACUGAUGGAAACCGUUAUCGGUACAUCUUGCAUGAACUCCUCAUCAUCAAUGUGCUUAUCAUUCUUCUUGACGGCUCCGUGGUUGGCACGCAAUUCGCCGGCCUGUAUUCCGUGCAAACUACCUUCAAGGCGUUGGUGUAUAGCAUCAAGCUGAAGCUUGAAUAUGCUAUCCUUAGGAAGUUAAUCAAGGCUGUCAAGGUGCCUCCAACACCACAACGACGCUCACCAGACCAUCCCAAACCAGCGAGCGGUACAUCGGAACAAUCUGAAACAGAGAAACGCACUGCAAGCCAGUACGAAUGCACAGGGGCUCGCCUAAGCGUGCCGGAGGUGGCGGCGGAACCUUCAAGAGUCCUCUCGACAACCACCAUAGUCUUUGCGCAAAGCUUACAGGCGAUUGGGCAAGACUCCCACCGGGAAAAAUACAGCGAUAUUUCAGCGCUGAUAAGGCCCAAAGGGAACGAUUAG